AUGAGUGCCCUGCGGCUCACGGGCUGUGCGUUUCCAGUGCCGGGCCCGCAGGGGACCGUCAACCUUGGCACCUUCGUGUCAUCUUUCACAGUGCUGCCGUCAGCCACUCCCGUCCUCGGCCCGCCACACUGGGCCCCCUGGCAGCAGCACCCACCGAACGUCCUGGGCCCAGUGUUGCCCCCAGGAAGCACCCUGGUGCUGCCGACUCUUCCCAGCACGCCGUUGGUGGCAGCACAGGCCAGCUGUGGCCCAGGCUGGCCCGGGGCCUGCAACGUCACUGUGCACGUCUGGCCGGAACAGAGGCCCGUGCAGGCUCCCCAGCCUCAGACCUUUGUCGUGACUCAGGCCCCUCUCCAUGGGAGCACUCCUGGGGCCCUCUGUGGGGGUGCUGUGUGUCCUGUGCCCCAGUUCCUGGUGGCCUCGGGAGUGAAGACCAUCCUGCACGCCCCUCCUGCCUGGAGCACCCAGGCUAGCGAUGAAGGCUGGUCCCUGCACCGUCCACCUCGAGCUGCAGUGCCAGCUGCCCAGCUGGCCUCUGGCGGGCUCCCAGCAUUGGCCAGUCCUCGUCCACCUGGGGCCGCUAGGAACAGCGGCCCGGCCUGCUCGCAGCCCACCGCCUCGCCCGGGAACGCCUGCCACCGCACCAGCGUGAACGAAAAGUUCCGGCGCUGGCAGCACUGCAAGCCCCUGGCCCGCAGGCACCUGCCCCAGAGUCCCGAUGCGGAGGCACUGUCCUGCUUCCUCAUCCCAGUGCUUCGGACCCUGGCCCGCCGGAACCCCACCAUGACCCGGGAGGAGGUCCUGCAGCGGGGCGUGCAGAAGUGGCAUUGUCUAAGCAAGUCAGAGCGCAGCAUCUACUAUGUGAUGGGGGGAAGGUUCAUGGAGUUCGAGGCCGAGGAGGCGAGGCAAUGUCAGAACGCACAGUGGAUGAAGGCGGCGCAGGGCGUGCCUCAUCCAGCACCCCUCAGGCCUGUUCCUCGGGCGCCCUCAGCCCCAGAGCGGGGCCAGAAGCGAGCUGGCCAUGACCCCCCACGGGAAUGUCCCCGAGCUCCGUCCUCCCUGAGCACGCUCAGUGCUGGGAAGGUGCGGCCAGCCUACCCACACUCCUUCCCUGCACCCUCCUCAGCACGCAUCCGCGAGAAGGCCAGCGCCGGGGCCCAGUCCGCCAACGCCCAGCCACCGCGAUGCCGGCAGAGCCCGCACACCGAGGCGCCGACGGAGAUCCCCCUCGAGGCCGUGGCAGAGGGCCUGGAGAUCAUGGAGGGGCUGCUGGGGCCCAGCGGCCCAACUCAGGGGCUGCCCGGUGAAGAACGUGGGGAGGAUAGCUCCAAGCCGCCACAGGGAGAGGAGGGCGUCUAUCCAGACCCGGGUCUCCUGACCUACAUCAAUGAGCUUUGUGCCCAGGGAGACUUUCUCAACAAGGCGGACGCAGUUCUACACCCACGCUUCCUGGCGGAGUUGCCCUGCCCGGAAGCCCAGCUGGAUCUCUUGGCCCUCGCUGAGGAGCUGGAGCAGGAGGAAGGACUGUCUUUGGCACAGCUGGAGCAGAAGCGACUCCUGGAACUGAAGCAGGAGGAGGGUGUGCAGGCCCCCGCGAGUCACGGCACACCCCGACUGGACUCAAGGCCUUCUGGGUCUGAGGCCGGCCAGGAUCCCCAGAGGCACGGCCACGGCCCCCAGCUAGGGGCCAGCGACCAAGCCUGCCCACCAGAGUCUGGUUGCGGGCAGCGCCAGGCGCACAGCCGAGGAGACGCUGGCGUGUGGAGGCCCGAAGCCUUCGCUGCCUCUCCAGGACGCCAGGAGCCCCCUCCCCUGAAGGCUGGCUGGCGGCUCCAUGUCCCCCAGGCUCGGUGCCGCACUUCGCCCAGCCUGGGGCCCAGGCUCGCCACUGCUCCGGGAGAGACCUGUCCUGCUCGGGAGCCCCUGGGGCCCACGGGCAGGCCCAGUGAGGGCGAGGAGGAGCUCCCCAGCCUGGCCUUCCUCCUGGCAUCUCAGCACACACUGCCAUCCUGGGGACUGCCCCAGAGUCCUACUCCAGGCUCAGACCUCCUCCGCCCUGGAGUACCCCAGGCCCGCUCUCCCCAGAAGCCGGGCCUCAGCCCCGCUGGCCCUCCAGCUGGCAAGGCCAGCAGUCGGGCCCCGUGUGCAGGCCCAGCCCCUGCUGGGAAGACACCCCUGCCAGGGGCCAGCCUCGGGGUCGCUGGGGGACCAGCCUUGGCUCUGGGGCUGGGCUGCCCCUCACAGCCCCGGAAGAGAAGGGGGGACCCUUUCGGCACAGGGAAGGGUAUGAAGGGGCCCUGCAGCCAGUAG